UGAAACUCCCGCGGUGUCAGCACUUCUGGGCCCGAUAUAAGCCGCCGCCUCCUGCCUUUCACCCUCUUCUGUGUGGAGACACAGUCUGCCAAACCGUUACCCAGAACCAAACAACAACCACUGCUUCCUCAACAACCAAAAUGACCUCCACUGCUCAGCCCAUCUUCUCAAAGGGAGAGGACUGCAAGCCCUCCUGGCAUGAUGCUAACGCCGGCUACAAUGAGACCGACACUCACCUGGAGAUCAUGGGCAAACCCGUUAUGGAACGCUGGGAGACCCCGUACAUGCACUCCCUGUCAACCGUUGCAGCCUCAAAAGGUGGUCGGGUUCUGGAGAUCGGUUUUGGUAUGGCCAUCGCAGCCACAAAAAUUGAGUCUUUCCCCAUUGAGGAGCACUGGAUUAUUGAGUGCAACGAUGGCGUCUUUGCCAGACUGGAGGAGUGGGCCAAAUCUCAGCCACAUAAGAUCGUCCCUCUGAAGGGCCUCUGGGAGGACGUCGUCCCCACGCUGCCAGACAACCACUUUGAUGGUAUCCUGUAUGACACAUAUCCACUGUCAGAGGAAACAUGGCACACUCACCAGUUUGACUUCAUUAAGGGUCACGCUCUCAGGCUGCUGAAGGCUGGCGGCGUCCUCACCUACUGCAACCUGACCUCUUGGGGGGAGCUGCUGAAGACAAAAUACGACAACAUUGAGAAGAUGUUUGAGGAGACCCAGGUGCCUCAUCUGCUCCAAGCCGGCUUCAAGAAAGACAAGAUUAGCACCACCACCAUGGACAUUGUACCACCCAGCGAAUGUAAAUACUAUUCCUUCAAUAAGAUGAUCACUCCAACCAUCACCAAGGAGUAAAGUUCACUGCUGCAACCUUUUUUUACCCUGAAGUGCCUUCUCAUCUGACCUCCUCAUUCUGUCAUGUUUCAAUAAAAAAUCCGUCCAAUGGGA